AUGAUAGACGCAAUGGAGGAACGGGUGGUGAUAGAAUCACAAACAGGCUUUGGUUCCAGCGGGAAGAGAGUAGAAUAUGAGGAAGCAGACAGCGAUGAAGACGAAGAUAGCGAUGAAGAAGAUGAAGAUGAUGAGAUACACCAGCUUCUUCUUAGCACCAGCAGCAGUAGCAGCAGCAGCAGCAGCAGCAGCAGCAGCAGCAUCGGUGGCAGCAGCAGCACUAGAAGCGGGCAUUCACACAAAAUGCAGUGGUUAGACAGCGAUAUUUCUAGCGUCGAUGCAGACAUCCAGCACGUCGAUGUAGCAGCGGCUAAAAGGCCGAUGCACGAUGAUCAUCAGUGGGAACAUGAGCAACAGCAGCAGCAGCAGCAGCAACAGCAACAGCAGCAACAGCAGCAACAGCAACAGCAAGAGAUCAGCCUAACGAUGACAGGCUCAGGAAGCAGUCUGCCGAUCGCAGUCAGUCCUGAAACGCUUACUGUAUCUGGUGCGGCUUCUCCCCUUGCGGCAGCGGCUUCUGAGGCGGAGUCUGCUGCUGCUGUUCACCCUAUUGCUGCAGCAGUUCCUGGCUCUUCUCUCACUCACACUCCCGUAGUAGAUGCCUCUACAGUCAUCACAGGUCAAGAUCUAGGCACGCGGGUGCUUCUACACCCUAGCGGGGAUCCGGCACUGCUGCUGCUGCAGCAGCCGUUGCAACAGCACCUGCAGCAAACGACCCAACAACAGGUACUACAACCGCUGCAGCAGCCGCUGCAGCAACCACUGCAGCAGCCGCUGCAGCAGCCAUUGCAGCAACCGCUGCAGCAGCCACUGCAGCAGCCGCUGCAGCAGCCACUGCAGCAGCCGCUGCAGCACCCACUACAACAGCCGCUGCCUCAGCCUCUGCAGCAGACGCUGCAGCCACCCCUGCGGCAGCAACUGGGAGACGCCAGCUCUUUGCUGACUCCGCAGGAGUUAAUCAAGCAGCAGCAACUGCAGUUGCAACAGCAACGGGCAAUGGUGGAGCAACUGCAGCAACAGGUGGCAAUGCAACAAGACUUGCUGCUACGGGCUCAAGAACAGCAACUGCAACAAACUCAGCACCAGCGCAUGCAGCAACAGCAACAGCAACUCCUACAUAUGCAGUUAGCCCAUGUCAGUGAGAAACAACAGGUGCAGGGAGCUUUGCUGCAGCAUCAUCUCCAACAGCUGCAACAGCAGCAGUUGCAGCAACAGAAACUCCAGCAACUGCAGCAGCUGCAGCAGCAGCAGCCUUUACAGUCACAAACGCAGGUGCUAUAG